AUGGAGGCCAUGCCGGCCGACGAAGCUGCUCCGGACACUGGCCCCGACGAGCCGCCUGUAACAGCGAAACCAACAGCGCCGUCCCAACCGGAGAAAGCUUCGGAUGCUCCCCGCUCUGGGCUAGUUUUUCUUAGAGCUACGGCUGCUCCCGUCACACCUGAACCGCCUAGGUCUACCGUUCACGAAUCUGCCCCUGUAGUAACCCCUACUCCUACUGCUUCUCCUAUUCCCGUCCCGUUCACUCUCCCCCCGGCUGUUGCUGGCUGCAGCAAAGAUCCUCCACCGCCCUCGCCCAGUCCUACUCCAAGCACGGUGCGGGUGUCCCUUGGCCCGCCGUCGGCUACUUCCGCUCCCAAGCGUGCGCGAUCUGGUAAGUGGGCGCAGAGUACUCUGCUGGUGGGAGGCCGUCGUAUUCCACCGCCGGAAAAGCCCGAUGAGCCUGCACAGAAAGAAGCUGAGCUGCCGGAAGAAGGUGACAUCCCGGUGCGCGCGGAUACCGGCUCGCCGGCACUCACCAAGACGCAGCUACGAGAGCAGAUGUACCUGGAGGCGAGUAUUAAUUACGAGACGAAGUGGGCGGGAUACUUUUCUUGGCUUGUGUUUGGGAAAACCAAGGACGGUUUCCCGUACGUGAAGUGCAGCAUCUGCAUGUCGUACGGUAAGGGGAACACGAGGUACGCCAUGCAGGGAGACGACGGAGGCCGUGACUUGCAGACGCAGUCGUUCCAGGCGCACGAGCAUACGGACGCACACAUGGCGGUGGUGGACCGCCAGAUGAAGAUUGCGGCGGGAAUCCGCGAGGGGCAGCAGGUGAUUUCGGACUUCAUCAACUCCGACGUCGAGGGCCGCCGCGCGAUACGGCUGAUGCGGUCGACUCAGUUCCUGUGCCAGUGCGACGCGCCGAUUAGCAUGUUUCCUAAGCUGAUGCGGCAUCUUGCGGAGCAGGACACGCCAGACAUUCCUCGGCAGUCGUACGGCGUUUAUCUCACGCGUGAGGCGUUGGCUGUGAAGGACGCCGCUGACUCAAACCCGGAUCUCGGCAUGGUCGACAAGGUGGUGCGCACUGUGGCGACUCUGCUCGGAAACUCCAGCGUGUGGAGUCAGCGGUUCAAGUACCUGCAGCGUGUGAUUUACAAGACCAACCUGGAAGUCGAAGGCAUCCACACGGUGCGGUGGCUGUCUCGAGGAGAUGCGGUGGCCAGGCUGUGCAAGGUCCUCGGCGCUUGCAUCGUGCUGCUCUGGGAGCACAAUCACAAGGCGUACGAGAUUGUCACCUGCUACAAGUUUCAAUUCUGCUUGUUUUUCUUGGCCGACAUCCUGGCGGACAUGAACGACCUCAACCGCUGCUUCCAGAGACGAGAGCUGGACGUGACUGAGAUUGCGAAGACGAUCGAGUCCACAACGAGUGACCUGACGGAGCGCUACUUGACGCCAGAGAAAGCUUUCGGGGGCGAAGGGAAGAGCUGGCUGGUGAACUUCCUCAAAGUCCACAAGGAGGGUGGAGGCAAGCAGGUCCGGGUGCGCGGCGUGGACGGUGCUGGACGCCCGAUCAACCACCUGUACACCAUGCAUGAGCGGAAGCUGAAGGGGCACAAACACGGAAGCACCUACGCAGACUGCGUGAAGCUGUGCCGCAAAUUCGCCCGUGACUGCGUGGACAACCUCAACAACCGACUGGAUGACCUUGGGAAGCUGGGGCCGACGAAGCUGUUCCGGGCGGGGAAGUGGCCGAAGAUCAAGGCCCAGCGAGAGAAGAAGUGUAAGGAGUGGCUGAACGGAUGCAGCAGGCUGUUCCGCAACAAGCUGCCGGGAUUCGACCUCAAAGCAGCAGAGAGGGAGCUUCCAACCUUCUGCGCGAUCAUGGAGGCACACCAUGAGAUGGAGAGCUUCACCCAGGGCCUGUCCAACUUCCUUGGGAGCGAAGACUCCAAGAGCUUGAAGCUGGCUGUGGCAGAGAGGGAGAGGAGGGGGAAGCAGAAGGAGGGUGAAGAUGUGGCUGCUGGAAAUGCCGGGGAGAAUGAGGAUGAGGAGGAGGAGGAGGAGGAGGAGGAGGAGGAGGACGAUGAAGUGGAACAGGCCUUCGGCAACGAUCAGGAGAUCGUGGGGGAGGAGGAAGCGGAGGACAAUCCAUUCCUGUCGGACGAUGAGGAUGUGGAGGAGGUGUACUUCAUAGACAAGCCCGUGCACUAG